UUUUAGGCGCCUAGACGGUUAUUGUUAGGAAGUCGACUCUGCUGGAGGAAUCUUAUCCUCGUCUCAGUUCCGCUCCCUGCAGAUAAAGGCAUAGAGAGGGGGGCAGUUGUUGCUACCUUCCUGGCGGUCGGCGCGCGGGAGGUAGGAGGGGGUGAGGCUCACCAUGAUGGCGGCUGAGGCCGGCGCUGAGGAGGGUGGCUCGGUUAUCUCCGCCGGGAUGGUGGGAUCCGUUGGUAGAGCUGAGUCGGAGCACUACACCACCUUAUGCCGAGGCAAGGAGCUGGGGCCGCAGGGCUCCUUUCUGGUGGGCUCUGGCGGGGACAGCCUGGGCGCCGGUGGUCCGGCUUUGUGUUCGGCACUGGGGUUUCUGGCGCUAGGCUCGGGACCUGCUCCUCUCGUGUCCGGAGGCGGUGGCGCCGUGACAGCAACUGGCCAGGGCCAGGAGCUGGAGGCGUCCGGAGGGGUGCUUCCCCCACCUGAACACGGUACUGUUGCCUAUUCCCUGCUGCCGCCACAGCUACCUUCCUUGGCGGCGGGGUUGGGGACCGUGGAUGAAGGCGACUCGUUGGAUGGGCCGGAGUAUGAAGAGGAGGAGGUGGCCAUCCCGCUCAACGCUCCCCCCACGAACCAGUGGUAUCAUGGAAAACUCGACAGAGCAAUUGCAGAAGAACGUCUUAGGCAAGCGGGAAAACCUGGAAGUUACCUUAUUCGAGAGAGUGAUCGGAGACCGGGUUCAUUUGUGCUUUCAUUCCUUAGUAAAACAAAUGUCAAUCAUUUUAGGAUUAUUGCCAUGUGUGGAGACUAUUACAUUGGUGGACGUCGCUUUGCUUCACUCUCAGACUUAAUUGGUUAUUACAGUCAUGUGUCUUGUUUGCUGAAGGGGGAAAAACUAUUCUUUCCAGUAGCACCUCCGGAGCCUGUGGAGGAUAGAAGAAGAGUUCGAGCAAUUCUACCUUACACCAAAGUGCCAGAAACUGAUGAAAUAAGUUUCCUUAAAGGAGAUAUGUUUAUUGUCCAUAAUGAAUUGGAAGAUGGCUGGAUGUGGGUUACAAAUCUACGGACAGAUGAACAAGGUCUUAUUGUAGAAGAUCUGAUAGAAGAAGUGGUAAGAGAAGAAGAUCCACAUGAAGGCAAAAUAUGGUUCCAUGGGAAGAUCUCCAAACAAGAGGCUUACAAUUUGCUGAUGACAGUUGGUCAGGUGUGCAGUUUUCUUGUGAGGCCUUCAGAUAAUACACCUGGUGAUUAUUCACUUUAUUUUCGGACCUGUGAAAAUAUUCAGCGUUUUAAAAUAUGUCCAACAUCAAGCAAUCAGUUUAUGAUGGGAGGCAGAUAUUAUAAUAGUAUUGCUGAGAUCAUUGAACAUUAUAGAAAAGAACAGAUUGUUGAAGGAUAUUACCUUAAAGAUCCUGUUCCAAUGCAGUAUCAAGAACAAGUGCUUGAUGAUACAGUGGAUGGAAAAGAAAUCUACAAUACAAUUCGUCACAAAACAAAGGAUGCUUUUUAUAAAAAUAUUGUCAAGAAAGGAUAUCUUCUGAAAAAAAGUAAAGGAAAGAGAUGGAAAAACUUGUAUUUUAUAUUGGAGGGAAAUGAUGCCCAACUUAUUUAUUUUGAAAGUGAAAAACGAGCCACAAAGCCUAAAGGAUUAAUAGACCUUAGUGUGUGUUCAGUCUAUGGAGUACAUGACAGUUUAUUUGGCAGGCCAAACUGUUUUCAGAUAGUAGUUCAGCACUUCAGUGAAGAGCAUUACAUCUUUUACUUUGCAGGAGAAACUCCAGAACAAGCACAGGACUGGAUGAAGGCUCUGCAGAUGUUUUGCAAUUUAAGAAAAAACAGUCCAGGGACAUCAAAUAAACGUCUACGUCAGGUCAGCAGUCUUAUUUUACAUGUAGAAGAAGCUCAUACGCUCCCAGUAAAACAUUUUACUAAUCCAUAUUGUAACAUCUACCUGAACAGUGUCCAGGUAGCAAAAACACAUAUCAGGGAAGGGCAGAACCCUGUAUGGUCAGAAGAAUUUGUCUUUGAUGAUCUUUCAUCUGAUAUUAAUAGAUUUGAGAUAAGUCUUAGUAAUAAAACAAAGAAAAGUAAAGAUCCAGAUAUACUGUUUAUGCGUUGCCAAUUAAGCCGAUUACAGAAAGGACAUGCAACAGAUGAGUGGUUUCAGCUCAGUUCCCAUAUACCACUGAAGGGUACUGAGCCAGGAUCUUUGCGUGUUCGAGCACGAUAUUCUGUGGAGAAGAUCAUGCCAGAAGAGGAGUACAGUGAGUUUAAAGAGCUUAUACUCCAGAAAGAGAUGCAUGUAGUCUAUGCCUUAUCACAUGUUUGUGGACAGGAUAGAACACUGUUGGCUGGCAUUUUAUUGAAGAUUUUUCUUCAUGAAAAGCUUGAGUCACUAUUGUUACAAACACUAAAUGACAGGGAAAUAAGCAUGGAAGAUGAAGCUACUACUUUGUUUCGUGCUACCACUUUAGCAAGUACACUAAUGGAGCAAUAUAUGAAAGCCACAGCAACACGUUUUGUUCACCAUGCACUGAAAGACAGUAUAUUAAAGAUAAUGGAGAGCAAGCAGUCCUGUGAGUUAAAUCCCUCGAAAUUAGAAAAAAAUGAAGAUGUAAACACUAAUUUGGCACAUCUACUCAGUAUACUUUCAGAAUUGUUGGAGAAAAUAUUCAUGGCUGCAGAGAUACUACCUCCGACACUGAGAUAUAUUUAUGGAUGCUUGCAAAAGUCUGUUCAAAGCAAGUGGCCAGCUAAUACCACAAUGAGAACAAGAGUUGUUAGUGGCUUUGUUUUUCUUCGACUGAUUUGUCCUGCUAUCCUGAACCCAAGGAUGUUUAAUAUAAUCUCAGAUUCUCCUUCCCCUACUGCUGCAAGAACACUGACGCUCGUUGCCAAGUCUGUGCAGAAUUUAGCAAAUCUGGUUGAAUUUGGAGCCAAGGAGCCAUAUAUGGAGGGAGUAAAUCCAUUCAUCAAGAGUAACAAACAUCGCAUGAUCAUGUUCUUAGAUGAGCUUGGGAAUGUACCUGAGCUUCCAGACACUACAGAACACUCUAGAACUGACUUAUCUCGAUAUCUGGCAGCCUUGCAUGAGAUGUGUAUGGCACAUUCAGAUGAACUUCGGACACUCAGUAAUGAGCGAGGUGUAAUGCAGCAGUAUGAGUGA